AUGAAGCCUCGUCAGGCAUUUUGGAAUGAAUUAUUAUUAUUUAUGGACUCGUAUAGUGAAUCAUUUAACGGCAAUGGUAAAACAAUUGAAGAAAUAGGCAGUGCACUAUCUUUAAGUUCAGCAAUGAUUCAAGAAGUGCAACGAGACGCCGAUAGGCCAGAUAAAGUUGCCAUGAACAUCUGGCGAAUUUUAUGUCCUACACGAGCUGAUCGACUUUACGUUGAAUCAAUAAAAAAUGUACCAGCAACAACUCUUCAAAAUAUUCACAUAUUUGCUCGUUUAUGUUAUCCUAAAAUGAAUCUGAAUUACAAAAAGAUGAAAAAUGAUAUUGCAACUAAUAUAAGACAAAGUCUUUUUUCUUCCAAGCGAGAAAAAAAUAUGUCGACUGAUUCUAGUCAACUACAACAAAAUGAUGUAAGUGAUAAUGAUGAUGAUAAUGACAUGAUCGAAUCUGAAGAAAUGUCAGCAGAUUUACAAUCGUUUUUACAGAAAGAAAACUUAAUCGAUGACAUUAGUGAUGAAGAAGAAUAA